UCAGAUUGAUUGGAAAGAGUUCCAAGAUGGACUUCUCCUUACGUAAAAAAUCUAUAAUUUCAAAGCAGUCGAUACUGUUCCUUAUCUUCUAGACAGCCCCGCGUACAUUUAUUACACGAUCGGUGCAAAGUACUUACUACUCAUCCUCAUUGUUCAUUAGAAAAAAUGUCUUCGUCUUUGGAGGUGAAGAAACAGACGGCCAUUCUAGAGCAGCGAGAAGCUCUAGCUGGGCAUUCGUUUAGGAACUGCAGCGGCGUGGCGUUGGUCACAAAAAGCAAUAUUGACGAAACUGUCACAUGGGCCAAAGGCUUUUUGGAUGACAGCCCAGCAGAAACCCUGGACGGGAAGGGGUUGGCGCUGUUAUGACUCUGAGUUGGCGUGUUGAUUUUUACUUUUUUGGUGUAGGUUGGUAGCUGUAGUUGUUUUUCAAUUUCAAAAAAUCACCUAGAUUCUAUUCCAUGGAAGAUGGGUACGGGAAUAAUUACAGACAAAGCCAAAGUGAAAGUACACCCACUUCUAAUGUCACGCAGCAAAGACGGAUUUGUGCAGAAAUUACGGCUACAUGGACAAGACUCUAAGGCUGAUUUGUUCGAACGCAGCUGGCAUGAGUAUUUGGGUUUGGGAUCGUUGUCAACGACUUCACUGGAUCCCCCUCUCAUUUUCGACGAAGAAGCUGCUACCUAUGGCAUACUGGAAUGUCUUUUCGCAUUGGUUCUCGAACCACUUACUGGUAAGGCUCUUGUCGUUGUCCUACUGGAAAAUGACAUCCACAGAAUGAUUUGACUCCCGCUCGAUGUCCUAAAAGAGAUAUUCUUUUCACUCUUCUUGCAUUUCGAAAGUUCGAGAAGAAAGAGACCAUGCGGCUGUGAUGAAUGGAUAAGUUCAUCUUCUCUGCUGUCUAUAUCUGAAAAAAGAGACGUAGAAGUUGUGACGGUAAUAUCUGCAAUAGCCAAAUACUACUACAACCUCCACCCGUCGACAACAUGUCUCUAAUAUCAUGCCUAAUUCUGUGGUGCCUGCACUCUUGCGGCUACGCGCUAGACGAAAUCAGACGCGCGAAAACUGACGUCGGGCUCAAACGGUAGAUGUGAACGAUUUUAUCCUGGAUCUGCCAGAUGAGAUGCACUACAGUGAAUGGGA